UCUGGCCCGGAAGCAGAUUCCUCUGCGUGGGAUCUGGCAAGUUCUUCCGGGGUCAUGACUCCAGGUCGCGGAGGAUUUUCAGUCUAAAGAUGGCAGCCUCGGUAUCGAGGGGUACCGUGGCACUGCGUACGAAUUUUACUCGGCGGGUUGCUUUUGUCUGGAAAAUUCCUUGGACUGCAACAGUCAAUGAGCUGAGAAAACACUUUACUCAGUUUGGCCAUAUACAAAAGUGCAUUCUUCCUUUUGAUAAAGAGACUGGCUUUCAUAAAGGUAUGUGUUGGAUUUACUUUUCUUCUUCAGAAGCACUUCAGAAUGCAGUGCAACAUGAAAAUCACGUAAUUGAUGGAGUAAAGGUCCACAUUCAAGUUCAAAAACCAAAAAUUUUGCAAGGGGAUCAAACAUCUGAUGAAGAGAAAGAUUUCUGAGAUGAUUAAACCCAUUAAAUAAACACAAAACAGAA